GAGUCAGUAGCUUUGUCAAUCAGGGGGAGUAGAGUCUAAUUGGUGAGGAGUGGAACCGUUCUCUGGUUGUGCACCUAUCACCAUGGUUGACACCCGUAGUGGGAAGAGUACUGUCCCCCAAUUCAAGGUCGAGCAGGCCCGGAUCGCCGUCAUCCUGAGGGAGAGAAAAGAAAAGAAAGAGCUCCUCAAGCAGGCGAAGCUAAAGGCUAUAGCAGAGGAGCAGGCAGCGAAGAAGAAGAAGUUAGAAGAUUCUGAAGAGAUGUUGAGAUUCCAGAAGGAGAAAAUGAUGAUGUUGCAGCGAGAGGAGGAAAAGAAGAGAAAGGUUGCCGAAGAAGAAGCAGCAGCAGAGGAGGAGGAAGAAGAAGAAGAAGAGCCCCUUGAAAGAAGGCGUGGAGGAGACAGGGGAGAAACAAGUGGCACGAAGGAGGAGGACAAAUGGAUGGAGAAGAAGAUCAGCGAGUGGGUGGCUAACUUAUCGUUGGGAGAGGAUGAGGAUGCACUAUUGUACGUGCCGCAGGAGGAGAGAGAAGCAUUUGCCAGGGUAUUAGAAAUGAUAGAGGAUCCCCUGGAACGUCAGACAACAGAGGAUGAGAAGAAGUUGGAGUGGAAGUUACGAAUGAUGAGGGAGAAGAAGAGAAGGAGGGAGGAAGCCAACCGAAUGGCUAGAGAGGUGGAACGAGUCCAGGCAUGCAGACAGGAGAUGCAGGCACAAGCAGAGGUCCCCGCGAAAUUAGAUAAGGUUAUACGGUACCUGAAGGUCCUGAUUGAGGCCUGGCCAACAAGGGUCACGAUGUGACCCUGCAUGCCAUCCGGUCCGGUUUUAGGGAGUUCGCGCAAGACGUGGUAACCCACGUUGGGACCGAAGUUAGAAAACUGAAGGAAGGCGCAGAGAAGUUUUGUGUUGGCGCCAAAGUCGUGGCCACAACAAAGGCCGCAACACGUC